CCUCUCGGAUCUAGAGCCACUCCCAAAGCCUGUGGACCCGCAGUCCCGUCCCGACUGACCGCAGAGCUGAGCCUCACUGAGAGCCGGUCGAGAGAGAGAGAGAGAGAGAGAGAGAGAGAGAGAGUCCCGUCACUCUGAAGGGGACAGGCUGAAAAGAGUGAAAAGUCGGGAAGGGACCGAAGAGCCGCUUUUUGAUUUCUAAACUCAACUGGAUGUUGCAUUCCCCUCCAAGAGUGGACUAAAAAGAAUUUUUCGUUGUGAACACGAGGGGGCAAUAAUGUCCAAAAUGGAGGUGAAGACGUCACUUCUUGACAACAUGAUAGGGGUGGGCGACAUGGUCCUUCUAGAGCCGCUGUCAGAAGAAACCUUCAUCGAGAAUCUACACAAGCGCUUCGAGCACAAUGAGAUCUAUACAUACAUUGGCAGUGUGGUGAUCUCCAUGAACCCCUACAAGUCCCUACCCAUCUUCACAGCAGACAAGGUGGAGGAAUACCGCAACAGGAACUUCUAUGAGCUCAGCCCACACAUUUAUGCUCUGGCAGAUGAGGCCUACAGGUCGCUUCGGGAUCAAGAUAAAGACCAGUGCAUCCUCAUCACAGGAGAAAGUGGGGCAGGAAAGACUGAGGCCAGCAAGCUGGUGAUGUCAUAUGUGGCUGCAGUGUGUGGGAAGGGCCAGGAGGUGAACAAAGUGAAGGAGCAGCUGCUGCAGUCCAAUCCUGUGCUAGAGGCUUUUGGAAAUGCCAAAACUGUGAGGAAUGACAAUUCAUCUCGAUUUGGGAAGUACAUGGACAUCGAGUUUGACUUCAAAGGCGACCCAUUGGGUGGGGUCAUCAGUAACUAUCUCCUGGAGAAGUCCCGUGUUGUGAAGCAGCCAAGAGGAGAGAGGAACUUCCACGUCUUUUACCAGCUGUUAUCUGGAGCAUCAGAGGACACACUCAAAAAACUGAAGUUGGACCGGGACUUUAGCAAAUAUAACUAUCUGAGUCUUGAUUCAGCCACUGUCAAUGGACUUGAUGAUGCAGCAAACUUCAGAACAGUCAGGAAUGCCAUGCAGAUUGUGGGCUUCAUGGAGGAUGAGGUUCAGUCAGUGCUGGAGUUGGUGGCUGCUGUACUGAAGCUGGGCAACAUAGAGUUCAAGCCUGAGUCACGUGUCAAUGGCUUCGAUGAGAGCCGGGUCAAAGACAAGAACGAUCUAAAGGAGAUGUGUGAACUUUUGGGAAUUGAGCAGUCAGUGCUGGAGAGAGCUUUCAGCUUCCGCACCGUGGAGGCUAAGAUGGAGAAGGUGUCCACCACACUCAACGUUGCUCAGGCCUAUUAUGCUCGUGAUGCACUUGCCAAAAACAUAUACAGCCGCAUGUUCAGUUGGUUGGUGACUCGAAUCAAUGAAAGCAUCAAGGCUCAAACCAAAUCCCGGAAGAAGGUGAUGGGGGUCCUGGAUAUUUACGGUUUUGAGAUUUUUGAGGAUGGAGACAACAGCUUUGAGCAAUUCAUCAUCAACUACUGCAAUGAGAAGCUUCAGCAGAUCUUCAUUGAGCUAACGCUGCGUGAGGAGCAGGAGGAGUAUGUGCGUGAGGGCAUUGAAUGGACCAACAUUGAGUAUUUCAACAAUGCCAUCAUCUGCGAUCUUAUUGAAAAUAACCAGAAUGGGAUCUUGGCCAUGCUUGAUGAGGAGUGCCUGCGGCCAGGCACGGUAACAGACGAGACCUUCCUGGACAAGCUGAACACAGUCUGUGCUGAACACCAGCACUUUGAGAGCCGACUGAGCAAAAACUCAAAGUUCCUCACUGACCACAGCCUGCCUCACAACUGCUUCCGCAUCCAGCACUAUGCUGGCAAGGUGCUGUAUCGGGUAGAGGGCUUUGUAGACAAAAACAAUGACCUGCUGUACAGAGACCUGUCCCAGGCUAUGUACAAGGCCAACCACAGCCUCAUGAAACUACUUUUCCCAGAGGGCAACCCUGCCAAGGUCAACCUGAAGAGGCCCCCUACAGCUGGCUUUCAGUUCAGAGCCUCAGUAGGCACGCUCAUGAAAAACCUACUGACCAAGAACCCCAACUACAUAAGAUGCAUCAAGCCCAAUGACAAGAAGGCAGCACAAGUCUUCACAGAUUCAUUGGUAUGCCACCAGGUGCGCUACCUGGGUCUCAUGGAGAAUGUGCGUGUGAGGCGAGCAGGUUAUGCCUUCCGGCAGCCAUAUGAACCUUGCCUGGAGCGCUACAAGAUGCUCUGCAAGCAGACCUGGCCCCACUGGAAGGGUCCUGCAAGGGAAGGUGUGGAGGUUCUCCUGAAGGACUUGGAGGUUCCAGAAGACGAGUUCUCCUACGGACGCUCCAAAAUCUUCAUCAGAAAUCCCAGAACGCUAUUUUUCUUGGAGGAGAGGAGAAGGCAGUGUCUGGAGGACUUGGCCACGCUCAUCCAAAAGAUCUACCGUGGCUGGAAGUGCCGCACACAUUUCCUAUUGUUGAAGAAGAGCCAGGUGGUGGUGGCUGCCUGGUACCGCAGAUAUGCUCAACAACGGAAGUACCAGAAGAUCAAGAGCUCAUCCAUCGUGGUUCAGUCAUUCAUCAGAGGAUGGAAGGCCCGCAAAAUCCUGCGUGAACUGAAAUACCAAAAGAGAUGCAAAGAGGCCGUGACCACUAUUGCAGCCUACUGGCAUGGAACACAGGCUCGCUGGGAACUGUGGCGUCUAAAGGAGGAGGCUCGGAAUAAACACGCUGUGUCUGUCAUUUGGGCAGCGUGGCAGGGAACUAAGGCUCGGAGAGAACUACGGCGCUUAAAGCAUGUGGCACGGAGUAAACACGCCGUGUCCAUCAUAUGGGCUGGCUGGCAAGGAACCAAGGCACGCAGAGAGCUAAAACAGCUGAAGGAGGAAGCCAGGCGUAAGCACGCCGUCGCCGUCAUUUGGGCCUACUGGUUGGGACUCAAGGUCCGCAGGGAAUAUAGGAAGUUCUUUAGAGCAAAUGCUGGCAAGAAGAUCUAUGAAUUCACCAUCCAGAGAAUUAUGCAGAAGUACUUCUUAGGCUUGAAGAACACGAUGCCUUCAAUGUCACCCAUUGAUAAGAGCUGGCCAGCAAGGCCUUACCUGUUCCUGGAGGGCACACAUCAAGAGCUCAGGAAAAUCUUUCACCUAUGGAGGUGCAAGAAAUACAGAAGCCAGUUCACAGAAGAGAAGAAGGCCAUCUAUGAGGAGAAACUGGAAGCAAGUGAAAUCUUCAAAGGCAAGAAGGCUCUGUACCCCAGCAGUGUGGGUCAGCCUUUCAAAGGAGAUUAUCUGGAGAUUAAUAAGAACCCUAAGUACCAGAAGCUGAACAGUGUGGUAGAUGAAAAGGUGCUUCUAGCAGAUGUGGUCAAUAAAAUCAACAGGGCCAAUGGCAAGGGGGCUUCCAGAAUCUUCCUCCUCACCAAGAAAAACUUUGUUCUGGCUGAUCAGAAGACGGGGCAAGUGAAGGCCAGUGUACCACUGCCUGAUCUCAGCAGUGUCUCUGUCAGCACUCAGAAUGACGGCUUCUUUGCUCUCAAGCUCAAAGAGGGUACUCCAUCAGCAGCCAAGGGUGACUUCUUGCUGAGCAGUGACCGAUUAAUAGAGAUCAUCACUAAACUUCACCGCACAGGAGCAGCUUCAGCUGAAAGGGAACAAAUCAGUGUUGACAUCUCAGAUGAAUUCCUUGUACAGUUCAAACAAGACAAAGUGUGUGUCAAAUUCAUUCAGGCUGGGCCCAAGAACGGCAACAGUGUGACCUGCAAGCGUAAAAAUAACAGGCUUCUGGAGGUGUCUGUUCCUUCGCCAUAAUGACCAAUCAUAGAUGCUCCCCAUCGGGAUGCCAUUUCUGAGACUCGUCACCGUCAAACCUAACCUUCACCCCAGCCCCCAAAUGACUGUGCAAUUAUAAUGUUCUUGUUGUUGUCAUUUCUCUUUUUUGUAGUCAGAAUCAAUGCAUUAUUGAGACCCCAAAAUACUACAUACAAAACAGUAUUUUGGUAAAUAGAGGAGAAUCCCAAGUUUAGGAGGAUAUAGAUAGGAGUUGGCCAUGCUUACAUCCUAGUCUUGGGGUGCAUUAGUAUUCUAGUUUAAUCAAGACAUUAAUAGUUGUGAUUAUGAUGACAUAGAGGACACUUACAGGAGCUUGAUUUGGUUAAACCCUUGGCAAGAGACACUGCUCUCAUCAUGCAGCAGAGUAGAAGCCAGUCUGGACCAGCUUAUAGGCAUCAUGCUUUGUGGGGGUUUCUGAGUGGGUGAGAAAAACAGCAAGAGACUUGCAAUGAGCUUCUGGGUUACUGCUGAAAAGCUAGAAACUAAGAUUGCACUUUUUUCCACAAGAGCCAGGGUAAGUCGAUAUGUCUUACUUUGUUUAUUUUGUAGUCUUUCUACCACUUUGUGAUUCUCAAGCAGCACAAUCUUUCUGUUCAAAACAUGCUUGCCAAAGUUUGCCAAAUGAUGUGAUGUAAUUUGAUGUCUAGAAGUAUCAGCUGUUUCUUUCUGAUGGACAUUUCAUAAUGCAUUACCUUUAUUAUUUACAUUGCAAGCCAAAAAAACAUAUAAUCUCUCCAGCAUGAAGGAAAAUGCCAAAAUACAAGUUAGUGACUUUCUUUUCAAAAGAUAAUUUUUAAAUGAUCAAAAUUUUUUUACAAUUUUGUAUAGUGCUAUUCUGCAACAUGCACUACAACAUGAUAGGUGUCACAUUUUGGGUGUCUAUGUGAUGGUAAUAAUGACUGAAGGAUGCGUUCAAUGCUUUGUGCUCUGAAGCAUUCUGAAGAGAAAAGGUGAGAGAGCAGAGCUGUUGGCUAAAUCUCCAGCUUCAGGAAACACAGAAAGGUCCCCUAUGUGUAAAGGAGGCUGAAUAUUAACUGCAGAAUGAGGAUGUUCCAUCAUGCCUAACUACUCAAAGAAAGCCACAUGUACAUAAUCCAAGCCGUGGAACACAUAUGGACUGUAUAGACAGUUGAAAGUAGAAGCUAAUGCAUAUGUACUGUGUAGAGGCAAUAGAAAUUAAAUUGCUUUUUCACCAUUUGUAUAUUACAUUUUCUAGCUGGCCCACACUGGCAAAAGGUCUGUGCAGUGUUUUUCUUGGGGCCUUGAGUGCAAAGCAAAGCACACUAAUACAGAAUUACAACGGUCUCCACCUCUGUCAUGUACACUUUUGCACCCGUGACCGAACACACAGGUGAAAAUGUUCUUCUUAAGCUUUUAUCACUGAUACGGAAAGUGAACGCUUUGCUUUAAACUAUAUUUAAUACCAUAUUUUCUCUAUGUUGUAGUGGGAUUUUUAUACUGUUGAAUUUGUUCAUAGUAAGGUCUUGCCACAGAUUUUGAAGACGCUGCCCUGAGAGAAGAUUUUUCCACAGUCCUUUGCAUCUGCAGGUGUUUUACACUUCUCAGACUUCAAGUGUUUUUGUAAACUCACAAUAAAACAUGGUUGAAUUUGGAUUCAAGGGUUAUUGUGCCCUCCUUUGAGGGAAGAAUUAUGAAGAGUUGCUUAGCUUUUUGAUCGUUGGUUGUGUACAGUUUGUCUUCAAUGCAGUAUGCUACAGUCAAUUCCUUUUUCUUUUCUUCGUCAGUAGUUAAAGAGAAAAGAACUGUUGUGUGCCUAAAUGUAACUCGGCCUAACAACCGAGCUCGUAGAUGUGUUUCAGUAAAUGCUAAUUGUAACAAUCAUCUAAUUGUAACAUCUUUCUUCUUUUUUAAAUUAAGGCAAGAAAUAAAUAACUUUGGCAAAGCAGUGUU